UGCCCAUGCGACUUAAUGAGCAAACAAAACUGCUUGGGCAACGCGUUGUGCUGGUGCCCUACGAGGCACGCCAUGUGCCCAAGUAUCACGAAUGGAUGAGCAGCGCCACGCUGCGCAGCCAGACCGCAUCAGAUGAACUGACCCUCAGCGAGGAGUACGCAAUGCAACAGAGUUGGCGACAGGACAAUGAUAAGCUCACUUUUAUUGUCCUUUGCGCUGAGACAUAUGCGCAGACCAAUGACGAGAUUGCUGCCAUGGUGGGCGACACAAAUCUCUUCCUGCGCCCCGAUGAGGAGACGCCAACACACUAUGUAGCCGAGGCGGAGAUCAUGAUAGCAACGUCCGAGGCACGUGGCAAAGGAUUUGGCCGCGAGGCAAUGCUUCUCAUGUUCAAAUACGCUCAUCAGCAUCUGCCUCUGACCAAAUUCGAGGCUAAAAUCGACAUGGACAAUGUCGCAUCGCUGCGUCUGUUUAAAAGUUUUCAGUUUGUUGAGACUCGUCGCGUAGAGAUUUUUCACGAGGUGACCCUGGAAAGGAUCAUAACAGCAGAGUGGCUGGCCUGGCUAAGUGACCAGGUGCAGCUCACAGCUAAGAUCUAUGAGCAUGCAUAAAAAAUUACCAUUCUGUAUUUAAUUUAUGCUCUGUUUAUUACAUUUAUAUUACAACUACUUUCUUUACUUGCCUUCGA